AUGACUGACGCAUUCCGCAAAGACGCAACUACACAGGCCAAGGAGAAGGUCAAGCCUGACUCUGAGAAGUCUAUGCUCGAGAAAGGUACCGAAGCCGUCACUGGAGGUGCAGACAACGCAGCAGGCAAGGCUCAGCCCAGUGGAGAGAAGGGCAUCGGCCAGAAGCUCACUGACUCCACCAAGGGUAGUGGUGAGAGUGGAGAAGGUCUCCUUGACCAGGCUAAGAACGCUCUCGGCGGUGGAAAGUAG